GAAACAUUGGUUCAGACUUAAAACAUAAUCACAUAUGGACCAUCAAAAGUCCAAGAAAAAACGCAAAGCUUACUACCGAAAAUGUGCUUUUGGUUCAAAAAAAUCUCGUCUGAAUGAUCAAAACGAUAGUGUGUCAUGCAUUCCGAAAAAUUUACAACCCGGCAUGACCGGUUAUAUAUUAACUUACAAUCAACAGCAACGGUUAGCACAUAUUGAGACUUAUCGUUUGUUAAACCAUACUUUAGAUGAGAUUUCUAUUGAAAAGCAUGAAAGUGAAGCCUCUGAAAACAACAGUCCUGUAAAUACAAAUAAUGAAUUAGUUGGUUCUAAACCUACUAAUAUGGUUAGUGAUGAAAAGAAUGAUGAUACUGAUGACUUAUACUCACAGUUACUUCGUGAAAAUUGUUCAAAAUAUCCUGCCAAUUCGAAAAAUAAAUUUGGUUUCUACUCUGUGAAAACGCAUAUCAGUAACUGUUCUUUUAUUCUUCAUCAGACUAAUUUACUUAGUGCUGCAGAACUUUGUAAUCGUGUAUUCGAAAGAUUACUCUCGACUUCCAAUGCAGAGUCUCGUUAUGUUCUUCGUCUGAUGCCUGUUGUAAACACAUGUCGGUCAGAUUUGCCGUCACUCGAAAAUUGUGUGCUAAAAGCGUGGUCGAACUUCCUUGGCCUAGCAUCAUGUAAAAUAAAUACAAAAUGUUCUAAAGUUGAGGUACCUCUAGACCAGUCAAAUGAUGAAGAAAACGCAAAUAAUGAUAACGAGUCCUCAAUUUUACAUGUCCCAAAACAGAUUGCUUGUGAAUCUACAUUGAAUGGAUCCAAGACGUUUAUGAUUGUGUUCAAAUCUCGUGGUUUUAAAGCUAUUACCCGUGAUGAUGCUAUACGCCGUACAUUUGGAGCAAUCAAAUCAGUUGAUUCAUCUUGGAAUUUAUGCAAUUCAUCGCCUUCAGUUGUUGUCUCAAUAACUGUCCUGUGUAAGGUGACUUGUAUCAGUUUGUUGGAAAAUUUCUUCAAAUAUCGUAAAUACAAUAUAGCAGAAGUUUGCUCACCAUCAACUCAAUAUGACUGUACAAAUAACAUAAAAAAUGACGAAUCCAAAUAAAAUUUGUUUUGCAAUA